UGCUCUAGAAACUCUCCCUCUCACUAUCAUCAGUCCAUUCCGUUGGCCAAUCACAUUGCGUAAGGGGCACAUUCUGCCUCUUGACGUCAGUCUCCUGUUUUCUCCGCCAAUCAGAGAUUGGACUGCUUCUGUACUUGACUCGUUCGGCCGUCUCGAGAUCAGGUAGACGGAAGGAGAGGCGCUAAGGGCUACCCCCACCCACACAAGUGAUCCAACAUGGAGGUUAACGGCACAGUGAACAUCCUGGGCUCUGCGUACAUGGCGGUGGAGUACGCGGACGCCAUGCUACCGGAGAACCCCUUCCAGCCCUCCCUGAAGCACGCCUGGACCUACAUGAUGGACAACUACACCAAGUUCCAGAUCGCCACCUGGGGUUCCCUGUUCGUCCACGAGUUCAUCUACUUCUCCUUCUGCCUCCCCGGAUUCCUCUUCCAGUUCCUCCCCUUCAUGCAGCGAUACAAGAUCCAGCAGGACAAGCCAGAGACUUGGGAGAAACAGUGGCGAUGCUUCAAGAUGCUUCUCUUCAACCACUUCUGCAUCCAGCUGCCCCUGAUCUGUGGAACGUACUACUUCACCGAAUUCUUCAACAUCCCGUACCACUGGGAUGCCAUGCCCCGUUGGCCCGUCCUUCUAGCCCAGUGUUUGGGUUGUGCUGUGGUCGAGGACACUUGGCACUACUUCCUUCACCGACUGCUGCACCACCGCAAGCUCUACAAGCACAUCCACAAGGUCCACCACGAGUUCACAGCUCCGUUCGGCAUGCAGGCUGAGUACGCCCACCCAGCUGAGACCCUGAUCCUGGGCUCCGGGUUCUUCAUCGGCAUCAUGCUCUUCUGUAACCACGUCAGCAUGCUGUGGGCCUGGGUGGCCUGCCGCCUGUUGGAGACCAUCGACGUGCACAGCGGCUACGAUGUCCCGAUGAACCCACUCCACCUGAUCCCGUUCUACGCCGGCACGCGCUUCCAUGACUUCCACCACAUGAACUUUGUGGGGAACUACGCCUCCACCUUCACCUGGUGGGACAAGCUGCUGAAGACUGACAGCCAGUUCAACAAGCACAUGCUGAGACAGGACGACAUCAAGAAGGGACAGUAGACCCCCUGAACCCAGUGUUCAGGAGACCCUGAAGUGACACACAUGGAACGCGAUUUAGCGCUGGUUUAAAUCUGCACUUUGUAACUUCUCUACUGGAGGUUUUUACUCCAUUCAAAAAUACCUGAACUAGAACUUUCCAUACACCUGUCAAUCCAUCCAGGGAAUUUUUCUCUAAAUCGUGAUGUUUGGGUUUGGGGUUUUAAUAAGGUGAUGUAAAAACAUUCUGGGGUUACCUGGCUGGAAGACAUGCUGGCAGAAUAAAUAAUUAAAGCAAUCAAUAAUUUGCAUUGCUUUACUUAGUAAAUUACUUGACUUUUCUGACUUCAUUCAGAAAAGGCAACAUUUUCAGAGGAGCUGAGAAGCAGAGCUACCACUCAAGGCCACUAGAGGCUGCUACAGGGAAAAUGUACAUAGUGCAGGUUUAAAUGCAGAUCAAGUGCUAUUCUUCUGCUGAGUCUGGCUGUGUUGACGACAUGUAGCUGGGUCUCUGUGCCUUUUUCUCACUCAAAAGAUUGAUGCUACACCUAUCUCACUUUAAUAAAAUACAACAAGCAUUGACUGUU